CUUCCGGGCUAACGCUAAGAAGUAUGUCACAAAGCAAAUUUGCCCAAAAAGAGUUGAAAAAAUUUGGCUGGAAGGAAGGUUCAGGCCUGGGGAAGAAUGAAAAUGGAAUGAAAGAGGCUAUCAAGGUCAAGAUAAAGAAGGACAGUCAUGGGGUGGGGCACAACACUGGGGAUGAAUUCACAUUUCACUGGUGGGACCAUGUUUUUAACAAAGCUGCCAAUAGCAUUGAAGUGAAUACCACAAAGGAGGGAGUGUCUGUGAGGAAAUCUAAAGACAGUGGAGGAGUGUCCACUAAGAAAGCCCGGACAUUUGACAACAAGGCCAUGCUGUACGGACAAUUUGUCAAGGGAGCAACAUUGGACAACAAUGAGGAAACCCAUGUGGAAGACACAGCAGAUAGAGAAUAUACAGAAGAGGACGAACAGUGCAUACAAAAAUUAGCAGAUGAAGAAAUACUUAAGAUUUGUGGGGGGAUGACAGCACACAAAGGAGCCAGACAUGGAUUGAAAUUGAAUGGGAAACUAGAUCGAAUUCAGGAGCAAGAGCAGCUUCUAUUGGAGAAGUGGAAAAGUAAAAAAGGAAACAAUAGUGAUUUAGACCAAUUGAAGUCUGUGUCUUAUAAUGCUGUGACAGUGAACUCUGUGAAUAAACCUGAAGAUUCAGAAAAAUUGAUAUGUGAAAAAUCCAGAAAGAAGAAAAAGAGGAAAAGGGAAAAAGACAAUGCAUUAGGACAGGGAGUUUUGAACAUAGGAAAAAGUGAGUGUAAUGAAAGUACCGAAAGUACUGAGAGGCAGAUUUGUGAAGAAGUUAAAGAAAAGAAGAAAAAGAAAAGAAAGAGAAAAGUCCUAGAGUCAGAAAGUGAAAGUGUUGAACUAAGCUAUGAAAAAGAAACACAAACUGAAGCAAAGAGGACAAAAACGAAAAAAAGUAGAAAUUGACAUAUAUAAUUUGUUAAU